AUGCAGCUCCUGGUGAGGGUGCCGUCCGUCCCGGAACGGGGCGAGCUGGACUGCGCCAUCUGCUACCGGCCCUUCAACCUCGCGGGCCGCGAGCCCCGCCGCCUGCCCGGGACGGCGCGCGCCCGCUGCGGCCACACGCUCUGCACCGCCUGCCUGCGCGAGCUGGCGGCGCGCGGCGACGGCGGCGGGGCGGCCGCGCGCGUGGUGCGCCUGCGCCGCGUCGUCACAUGCCCCUUCUGCCGCGCGCCCACGCCGCUCCCGCGCGGCGGGGUGGUGGAGGUCUCAGUGGACCCGGACUUGUGGUCGCGGCUGGAGGACAGAGCGCGGGCGGAGCGCAAGCCGGAUGAGGCGAGCGGCCCGGUCUCGGGAGGCGGCGACGCCGAGGACGAAGACCGGAGAGAGGAGGGGGUGGGACCCAGGAGCGCGGGCUGGCGCGCGCUCCGGCGGCUGGUGGAGCGGGUGCUGGCGCCCGCGCGCCGCUGGCGGCGGCCGCUGCCUAGCAACGUGCUGUACUGUCCGGAGAUUAAGGACUUGGCUCGCAUGAGCCCCUGCACGCUGUGACCGCGGCGGAAGGAAGGUGGUCGCUGCAUUCUCGAGGCGCGCUGGAGUGCAGGGUUGAGGCCAAGGCCACCGCGCGCCCGUCCCGGGAUUGGCUUUUGUAGGAGUUAAGCCUAGGGCAGGAGGGGCCGCCCUAGAAUGCCCCGGGAACACGGUGUACUGACUGGGCCAGGCUCGCGUCCUCGGGGGAGAGGCCCGGGGAUGGUGGAGACGGGUCCGCAUUCUCGUGGGAAAGACAGAGAGUGUGUCCUUAGCUGUGACUGGCUUUUGUCCAGGGCAGCUCUGGCCAUUUGGAACAAUUGGGCCCAUUCUAGCAAUUCUGUGUCAGUGGUUUUAAAUUUUUUUAAAAAUCGGCGAAGAGGCCGAUUUUUGUGUCCUGUUACUGUCACUUCUACGGCAUGUUAGCUGAGAAAAAAUACUAUUUUUCCCCCCCAGGGCUGGUAUGCUCAUCUUCCCAGAAUGGUAGUGUGUUCCUAAAAUUACUGAGAUGCCUCUGUGCCUUGCUUCAUUUCAGUCUCUCUUCAGCCUGUGAGGGCAGGUAUCAGGGUCCAAAGGGCAUUCAUCUGAGGCACCUAAUUAGGGCCAACCAGGGAUAGGAAAGCCGUUUGGUAAAGGCAUCACAUCUUAAUCUUUUUUUUUUUUAAGAUUUUAUUUAUUUAUGUAUUUGUCAGAGAGAGAGAGAGCGCUCACAAGCAGGC